AUGGUGACUGUCGCGGCAGAGAAGGAGGAGGAGGAGGAGGAGCAGGGAGCAGCAGGAGCAGAGUGGAGCCUGGAGACUAAGGUUCCAGUGAAGGUGUUACGAGGUCACAGCGACGCCAUCACCACCGCUCGAUUCUGCUUCAACGACAGCCGCAUCCUCAGCUGCUCCUUCGACUGCAGCGCCAUCCUCUGGGACGUGGAGAGCUGCAGACCUCUGAGGGUGUUUGAUGGAGUUCACAGUAAAACCAUCUCUGAGUGCGCUCUGAUCCCCGACACCAACAGGAUGGUCACUGUCUCCUGGGACAGGAUGAUGGUGUCCACAGACGUGGAGACAGGGCAGACUCUGUGGAGGUGUAGGCAGGACGGCCUGCUGACCUCCUGCAGCUCAUCGUCUGACGGCCGGCUGCUCGUCUGUGCUGCAGAUCCACAGAACGUCGUCUCCAUCAGUGACGCAGCGAGUGGACAGACGCUGCUGCGCCUCAGCGAUCACCACAGCACCACCAUCACACGGUGUCGCUUCGACCCUCAGAGCCAGCGAGUGGCCACGGUGUCUGGAGACUGCCGCAUCAAACUGUGGGACCUGCUGGCUCAGAAAACCACUCUGUCCAUCAACAGUAACCAUAGAAACAACGUCUCUGACUGCUGCUUCACCAACAACGGACACUUCCUGUGCACAGCAUCAUGGGAUUUGAGUUUAAAGCUGUGGGACCUGCAUGCAGGAGGGUUUCGAUCUCGUGGUGGAGCGACGCUGCAGGGAGGCCAUGACGGCUGCGUGAGCUCCUGCAGCUUCUCUGCUGAUGCUGACCUGCUGGUGUCUGGCUCCUAUGACAGGACUGUUGCACUCUGGGAUAUGCCCUCCCUCUGCCAGACUCUCAUCCUGAAGGGCCACAGUGAUUGGGUGACUGAUGUGUCAAUCAGCUCUGACAGGAAGUUGGUGGCCUCUGCCUCCAAGGACGGGACUGUGAGGUUGUGGAACAUCGAGAACAUGGAGGAGAUCCCAGAGGUCAUGAAGAAGAGGAGCACAGAGGGAACAGGAGUCCACAUCCUGCAGUGUGAGGAGUGUGGGAAACCGUUCCCAGUGUCCAGACUACAGACCUCCGAGCUGCUGACUCAGUGUGUCGUCUGUCGACUCAAAUCACCCUCCAGGUACCGACUGCAGCCUCCGUCGCUCAUGUGACUUCCUGUCCAGGAGGUCAGAGGUCAGCAGCUGGUAGGGACUCGACAUCUUUCUGGUGGACACUUACUCAGGCUGUGAUGAUGAUGACGAUGAUGAUGAUGAUGAUGAUGACGUGGACAUUUUAAUAACCAGACUAACGGUCUGACGUCCUGCUGCUGGAGGUUUUUAAUCCUACAGUUACAAAGUUCUC